UCGCCUCUGCCUGCCCACCUCGGAGGGCUGCGGACUCCGGACUGGCCAGAGCCUGCGGCCAGUGUCCAGGACACGUCCCUGAAUUUCCCGCCACAGAGUGACUGACUCCCAGCACGGGCCACAGGUGGUGGGUGCGCCCCGAGAUGGACGUGCCCACGAACCUGUCCUGGGUGCGCCCGGAGAUGGACGAGCCCACCAAUCUGUCCUGGGUGCGCCCCGACGUGGACGUGCCCACGAACCUGUCCUGGGCGCGCCCCGAGAUGGACGAAUCCAUGAACCUGUCCGCCAGCCCCUUCCCCAGCCUGUCCCCACUGGAGACCGACGGGGGCCUCGGGGAAGGCGGCUCGCAGCCCGGCCUGCCCGUGCCCUCGGUGCUCCAGGCCCUCACGCUCGUCUUCCUGGGCUGCCUGGGGGCAGCGACGCUGGCCUGGAACCUGCUGGUCCUGGGGACCAUCUUCCGCGUGCGCACCUUCCACCGCGUCCCGCACAACCUGGUGGGCUCCAUGGCCGUGGCCGACGUGCUGGUGGCCGCGCUGGUCAUGCCGCUGAGCCUGGUGCACGAGCGCGCGGGCGGCCGCUGGCAGCUGGGGCGCCGCCUGUGCCACGCGUGGGUGGCCUGCGACGUGCUGUGCUGCACGGCCAGCAUCUGGAGCGUCACGGCCGUGGCGCUGGACCGCUACUGGGCCAUCACGCGCCACCUGCGCUACACGCUGCGCGUGCGUAAGCGCGCGUCCAAUGCCAUGAUCGCGCUGGCCUGGGCGCUGGCCGCCGUCAUCUCGCUGGCGCCGCUGCUCUUCGGCUGGGGCGAGACGUACUCGGAGCAGCGCCAGAGGUGCCAGGUGAGCCGCGCGCCGUCCUACGCCGUCUUCUCCACCAUCGGUGCCUUCUACCUGCCGCUCUGCGUGGUGCUCUUCGUGUACUGCCGCAUCUACCGCGCCGCCAAGCUGCGCCUCCACCUGCGCAGGAGCAACCGCAUCACGCCGGUGCCCAACGCCAUGGAGAUGAAAUCCUCAGAGCAGAAGCUAUUCACGACCCGCCAUGCGUCCACGGCCCCCCGAGCCACAGGGGACCCGUGGCGGGAGCCGAAGGAGCAGAAGGCUGCCAUCAUGGUAGGGAUCCUCAUCGGGGUCUUCGCCAUCUGCUGGCUCCCCUUCUUCACGGCCGAGCUCAUCAUGCCACUGUGCUCCUGUGAGCUGCCACCCAUCUGGAAGAGCAUCUUCUUGUGGCUUGGCUACUCCAACUCCUUCUUCAACCCACUCAUCUAUACGGCCUUCAACAAGACCUACAGCAACGCCUUUCGCAGCUGCUUCUGCAAGCAGCAAGCAGCAUAGGGGGUGCCCCCUGCCUCGCCCAUCCCCUGCCCAGAAGAGGUGGACCCACAAAGGGUCCCUUAGGGCUCCUCUUCUGAACCACGCCCGCCUUAGCGCCCCUUCAGCCAGUUUGGGGGCCUCAUUUGCCGACCUCAGAGCUUAUGCCUCAUCCUCAGCUUCUAGCCACGGACUCUCCUACCAAGUGUCCUUUCCUCCCCCCAUGUCCACUCCAGUCUGGGUUUGCUCUUGUCCCUGAGAAGUUAGACAGGGCCAAGGGCAGGGAGGCCAUAGUUUAGUGUGGGCAGAUGGACACUAGACAGAUGCCCAGAGUCUAAAGGGCUAACCUUAAUUCCCCUUUUCCAGACUAGAUCCCCUUUCCAUGGUUCUGCUUUAGCACCUGGUAAGUUUUCCUACUGUGACUGUGUUUCUCAGUAUUUGGUCAUAGAACAUUGCCUCCAAAAGUGUUUUAAAAAAGAAAAACAUAUAUAUAUAUAUAUAUAUGUAU